UGAAUUUAUUGGAAACACUGAAGGAAUCAAGUCAAUCCUAUUCCAACGAAUAUCCCGCGACAGGAUUAUGUAUCUCUAUGAAUAUAAUAACGCUGUUUAAUUCACUUUAUUUCAACAUCUUUGUGUAAUCUGGCGACAUAUUCUGGGAAUCUCCUUUCUUUUUGGCCUUAUAUUUGACACAAUAAUGAGCACAUAAAGACACCAUUGCCAAACUGAAAAUUUCCUCUUUCAAUAUAAACACCAAACUUACCUGUACAUCGCCUUCAAUCGUUCUCCCACAAAAAGAGCGAAAGAGAAACACGAAAAAGCAAGACAGAGAAAGGGCGGUGGAAGUUACUUCUAUUUCGUUCUUGAUGGCGAGAAUUCCAGUGAGGUUCAAUAGGAUAGCGGCAGCUUUCAAUGAAGCGGCAAGGGCGCCACCGGUACGGCAAUGUGAGACCAGUGGCAGCGACCACUCUCCGGAGGAUUUGACUGAUCUUUCGGAUCUUGUGAAUUCUUUCAUUGAGAGCAAUUGCGGGGUUGAAACUGAAGAGGAUAAGACCGAACAAGAGAAGGAAAAUGAGAACGAUGGAUCAAAGGUUUAUUGGUCAGAUUCUGAGACCAAAGAUAUGUUAAAGAGUUUGGUGGGUGAUAAAAUCUGUGAUGGGAACGAAGAUGAUGAUGUGAAGCAAAAGAUUCUCGUACAGACAGAACUUGCUUAUUGGGGUGCAGAGAACAUGUCUUCUGAGGGAUUUAAACGUCGGUUGAUGUCUCGUCUGCGAGACAAGGGCUUUGAUGCUGGACUGUGCAAAUCUCGGUGGGAGAAAUUUGGGCGGCAUCCGGCUGGGAGUUAUGAAUAUGUAGAUGUAAAUGUUAACGGGACUCGUUACAUUAUUGAAGUAAAUCUUGCUGGAGAAUUUGAAAUAGCUCGACCAACAAGCAGUUACACUUCAUUAAUCGAUGUUUUCCCACCAAUUUUCGUGGGAAAACCAGAAGAACUCAAGCAGAUUGUAAGAGUGAUGUGCAGAGCAAUAAGAGAAUCAAUGAAAAGUAAGGGCAUUAAGGUGCCUCCUUGGAGGCGAAACGGUUACCUGCAGGCCAAGUGGUCUGCUCAUUACAAGCGUACAACCAAUGAAAUUUCAGCUAAAAACGCAUCACUGAAGAAUGACGCAGUUGCAACCAAAAGAUCAGUUGGGUUUGAGACGUUGCCAACGGUUUCUUAUCACUGCAGAGACAAUUUCGCGAGUAAAGCUGGUUUGAAAGUUGGUUAUUUGACUGCUGCCUUUAAUGCAAAUGGCAGCAUUGGUUUGCAAUUGUAGUCAUUCCAUGAAAUUGCGUUAAAUUUUGUACAUAAAAAGACAGCUGUUUUUCCUUGUGACGAUUUGGAGUGCUUUCAUCUGGUUAGAUUUAAUAAACUGGCAAGAUGCAACUUAUCUCUACUUCUCUAGCCAAUUCCAUUGGCCUUUUUGUAAGUUUUGGCUGGAAUCCAUGUAGACCAAUUGCAUUACUUCCUUUCGGAUAAUGCUACUAAAUUGCUUCUUUAGUUAGAAAUUUGUAUCCGGAAUGGACUUCUGACCGAUAUGCCGAAUCAGUUCAGCUAGAAGAGGGCUGG